AUUUCCGGCGCAUUAUCGUUUUACGUCAGAGGCCCGUAGGCAUGGAUAAGACAACAUGAAUAAAGGCUGGUUAGAACUAGAGAGCGAUCCAGGGCUCUUUACACUGUUGGUGGAGGAUUUUGGUGUAAAGGGAGUCCAAGUGGAAGAGAUCUAUGACCUGCAAAGCAAGUGCCCAGGGCCUGUGUAUGGCUUCAUAUUCCUGUUUAAAUGGAUUGAGGAGCGUCGCUCCCGCAGGAAGGUCUCCACUCUGCUGGAUGACACCUCCGUCAUGGAAGAUGAGGUUGUUAAUAACAUGUUCUUUGCACAUCAGCUGAUUCCUAAUUCGUGUGCUACUCAUGCUCUUCUGAGUGUAUUGCUGAACUGUAGUGGGGUUCACCUUGGGCCCACACUGAGCAGAAUAAAGGAUUUCACCAAAGGCUUCAGCCCAGAGAGUAAAGGAUAUGCAAUUGGAAAUGCUCCAGAACUAGCAAGAGCUCACAACAGUCAUGCCAGACCAGAACCUAGACACCUCCCUGAGAAGCAGAAUGGAAUCAGUGCCGUCCGCACCAUGGAGGCAUUUCACUUUGUCAGCUAUGUACCAAUUAAAGGUCGACUUUUUGAACUGGAUGGACUGAAAGUUUACCCCAUUGACCAUGGUCCGUGGGCUGAGGAUGAGGAGUGGACAGACAAGGCUCGUAGAGUUAUCAUGGAAAGGAUUGGACUUGCUACUGCAGGGGAGCCAUAUCAUGAUAUUCGUUUUAACCUGAUGGCAGUGGUACCUGACAGAAGACUGAAAUAUGAGAGUAAACUUCAUAUCCUGAAAAUGAACAGACAAACUGUGCUGGAAGCUUUGCAGCAGCUGAUCAGAGUGACUCAGCCAGAGUUGAUUCAGCCCCAGAAGACCACAGAUUGUCCUGAAGAAACAAAAAUCAAUGCUGUAAAUUCUGCUGCCUGCCCAGAAAACCCACGCACGAACCUUAGUUCCCAGCGGAAUGUCACUGAUUCGGCUGCAGAAGUAACAGGAGCCCUCACUCGAAGCUCUGUCCUUAACGCUUACAGUAAAUCAAAUGUGCCACCUCAGAAUGGAGGUCCAACUCCUGCACCAGCCCCCCGUCUCCCUGCCUUUCUGGAUAACCACAACUAUGCCAAAUCACCAAUGCAGGAGGAGGAGGACUUGGCGGCUGGGGUUGGUCGUUCACGGGGUGCGCCACCACCACCAUGUCCAGACUCUGAUGAGGAGGAGGAGGAGGAGGAGGAAACUGAGCGCACAAGGAGACCCCCAGCUCCGUCUGGAUUCAAGACAAAAAGUUCUGAGUCUUUGGCCCCGCCAUCUGGACCUGAACUCCCUCCAAAUGUCCUGGCAGAGAAAUUAAAGGAAACCCAAAGAGAUCUUUGCUCCCCCUUAUCUAUAAAGACAGGAGCCCCUGCUGCCCCUCACUCGCAGCCUUCUCCAACUCCCAGCAAUGAAAGCACAGACACUGCUUCAGAAAUUGGCAGUGCAUUCAACUCCCCACUGCGUUCCCCUUUGAGAUCUGCCAAUCCCACCCGACCCUCCAGUCCUGUUACCUCCCACCUCUCAAAAGUUCUAUUUGGAGAAGAAGAACCUCUCUCUCGUUUGGACUGUGUGCGCUACAACCGGGCAGUUCGGGAUUUGGGUCCUCAUAUUGGCACUGGGAUUCUGCAUCUCAGCAGGGAUGGGCACUUGUGUCCACUCAGCAGACUCGGUAUGGAGGGGCAGAAAAAGGAGAGAAGCAAGGGAGGGAUGCCUCUGAAUCAAGAGCCGUCUAAGACCUCUCCAAAAAGCAGCAAAGCCGAGGAAGGACGAGAGAGUGCAGAAUCAGAUGCAGAGCGUUGCAGAGUUGUUGAGGCUCCUCAAGGGGAGAAGUUUUCUCCCAAGGAGCUUCUUGCCUUGCUGAAAUGUGUUGAAGCUGAAAUUUCUGCAUCUGAAACAUGUCUGAGAGAAGAGUUGGAAAAACGCAAGAAAUUCAAGAUUGAUGACCAACGAAGGACCCAUAACUAUGAUGAAUUUAUCUGUGCAUUUAUCUCGAUGCUGGCUCAAGAAGGAAUGUUGGCGAGUCUUGUGGAACAGAACAUUUCCGUAAGGAGACGACAGGGAGUCAGCAUUGGGCGCCUGCACAAGCAAAGGAAGCCAGACAGACGCAAACGAUCACGACCUUAUAAGGCUAAGCGCCAAUAAAUGUGUUAUUUAUAUAUUUGAAGGUUUCCCCAACUCUGUAAUACAGUAUAUAGGUUAUUCCUGCCUUCAUACAGUUUUAUAAAUAGUGAGGUUAUCCCCUUGCCAAUGUAUAUGAUGUACAUAAAUACUAGUUUUUAUACCCCCUUAUACAUACCUGGAUCCAUGUUCUAUGUCAUACAGUGGAUUAUAUAUGCCUUUCCCUCUUGCAUCAUGUGAACUCGCCUUGCAGGAUUUACUCCUAUUUAUUCUGUAUUGCCAGUUCUAGUGACCUGGUAAUGCCCAUCUAGAGACAGAUGUUACGUUCUGUUAUUGGUGCUGGGUGUCUGCUAAGUCUAGAUCACCCUUGCUAGUUUUGCACUGUGGGCGGGUCCCAUCCUAAUGACUAAGUUAAAACUGACUUUUCCCUUUAAUUGUCCGGAAUUUCAUAUUGCCUUGAGGAACACACCUUGGCACUAUUUAAACUUACAACUUGUCUUGACAUAAUAAACACUGUAAAACAGUA